AUGGGUGGCGACCUCAACCUCAAGAAAUCAUGGCACCCCGUGCUCAUGAGCAACCAAAAGAAAGUAUGGGAAGAGGAAAAAAAAGCGCUGGAAGAGCGCAAGAAAAUCGACCAGAUCAUGAAAGAGCGCGCCGAAGAGAGAGCAAUCCAAGAACUCGAAGAACUGCAGGAGGCCGCCGGCGGGAAAAAGAGACAGGCUCGCGUCGACUGGAUGUAUAAUGGACCUUCGAGCGGCCAGGCCGGCACUACCGAAGAGAUGGAGGGAUAUUUGUUGGGGAAGAGGCGGAUAGAUGGUUUGCUGAAGGGCACUGAAUCUCAGAAGUUGGAAAAAUCCGCAAAGGAGGAGUCGUUUAUGGCGGUGCAGAACGCAAACACGGCGAGAGAUACGGCAGCAAAGAUCAGAGAAGACCCGAUGUUGGCGAUCAAGAAACAAGAACAAGCGGCAUAUGAGGCUAUGAUGAGUGAUCCGGUCAAGCGCAGGCUUCUGUUAAAGGCGGCCGGCAGGGAAGAUGACGACCGUGAACGGGAUCGCAAGAGGAGAAAACAUCACCAUCAUCACCGCCACCACAGUCGCCGCGAUGAUCGUGACAGACGCGACAAGCCCCAAUCACAUCGAGACGAUGAUGAAGACAGGCAUGGACGAAGUAGACACGGGCGCCGGAGAUCAUACACCCCUUCAGAGUCUCGAUCCCGAUCGAGAUCUCCUCCACGGAGGCCCGCAAGGUCACGGUCGCGCUCUCCAUAUCGGAGGAGACGCUCAUAUUCACCCGAAGAAAGACGGCAACCAAGAUCUCGGUCCCGGUCAAAUCCGCCUCCUCGAAGAAACGGCCAUGGCAGCGGAGUGCGAAAAAUGCAAAGCUGGCAUUCUUCGAGGCCUGAGCCGCCGAGGUACCGAAGCCCACGUCGCGAUCAGAGAAAAGAAGAUACAGACAAAGACGAACGAGCAGCACGGCUAGCUGCGAUGCAACAGGAUGCAUCCGACCUCGACCAACGACGAGGAGAGCGACUAUCUGAAAUUGCGGAGCGAGAAAAUGCCGCGAGGGAGCGAGACGACGCAGCUCGAGCAAGGACUGCCAAGCACGGCGGGCGAGCGGAUUUUGUCAAUAGCUACCAUAAAAAGGCUGGCGAUAUGACUUUAGGGCAACGCAUGGGGCGCAAUGGCACGUCACAGCGACAGGAUGAUGACUAA